UUAUCAGAAACUGGCAGAGAACGAGAAGAGACGAGAGGAAAAUGGGAGACAGCAGGACAGGGCUCUGAAGGCUGAGGGGGCUCCAGACUCGGGUCAUCUUUACUUCGUGAAACUACUCCAGCGGGCACGCGCGCACACAUACACACUCACACAGAGUUCACGUAUACAGUAGAUGACUGAGGAUCGAACCACAGAUACGCCAUACACAAACAUUCAUAGACUACGUUACUAGAGGGUCACCCCAUUGUUUACGCGCGCACACAAAUUCAGAAACGCGGGACUAUAGUGUUCACACACACACAAAGACGCUGUGCCUUCCAGAGAAGAAUACGGCAGACACACACAGCACCACCUCUGCUCAUACAGGCUGUCGCUGGAUUAGCAGAGGUGUGUGCCCAGGUGUGUUUGUUUGAGGAGAGUAGGCGGCUGUUUUGUAAGUGGGGGGAAUUGGAGAGCACAGCAGUCAGAGACUAAAACGGACUGUACAGAACAGCAAAGAACAAUACAAAAAGUCAGCCUCGUCCGUGUCCCUUGUUCUCUGAGCGUCGGUGAGGGGCACCAGGGGACGUGUGUGUCUGGUCUCCUUCUCCUGUGUAAAGCCUACGAAAGAGAAAGAUGGUUCGGUGGUUCCAUAGAGAUUUGUCUGGUAUAGACGCAGAGACAAUCCUGAAGUCCAGAGGCGUCCAUGGCAGCUUUCUGGCCAGACCCAGCAAAAAGAACCAGGGAGAUUUCUCCCUUUCUGUCAGAGUUGGGGAAGCUGUGACCCACAUCAGGAUCCAGAACACGGGCGACUUUUACGACCUGUACGGUGGCGAGAAGUUUGCCACCCUCACAGAGCUGGUAGAGUACUACACGGCCGAUAACGGCAUUCUCCAGGACAAGGAUGGCACCAUCAUCGAGCUCAAGUAUCCGCUGAACAGCUCCGACCCGACCUCUGAGAGGUGGUACCACGGUCACCUGUCGGGCCCCAACGCAGAGAAGCUCCUGAGGGAGAGAGACGAGUCCGGAACCUUCCUGGUGCGCGAGUCGCUGUCCAAACCUGGAGACUUCGUCCUGUCAGCUCUCACGGAUGAGACGGCAAAAUCAGGAGGGGGCAAGAGGGUCUCUCACAUCAAAAUUAUGUGCCAGAAUGACCAGUACACGGUUGGUGGCACAGAGCUGUUUGACACCCUGGCCGACCUGGUGGAGCACUUCAAGAAGAAGGGCAUUGAGGAGGUGUCAGGUGCCUGGGUGCACCUCAGACAGCCGUACUACUCCACUCGAGUGAACGCGGCAGACAUCGACAGCAGAGUGAAGCUGCUGGACCAGACGGCAGAGGGGGAGUCCAUGGAGGGGGGGGCCGACAAGAAGAUCAAAGCGGGAUUCUGGGAAGAGUUUGACGCCCUGCAGAAGUUAGAGGCCAAGGCAAAGAAGAGCCGCGAUGAAGGGAUGAGGCCGGAGAACAAGAGCAAGAACCGCUACAAGAACAUCCUCCCCUUCGAUGAAACCCGGGUGAGACUAGAGUCAGGCGACCCUAACACUGUGGGCUCGGAUUACAUCAAUGCCAAUUUUGUAACGAACAAACUGCAUGAGCCUGGAUUUCAGAAGGCAUACAUAGCCUGCCAGGGGUGCCUUCUCAGCACCGUCAACGACUUCUGGCAGAUGAUGUGGCAGGAGGGGUCACGGGUCAUCGUCAUGACAACGAGGGAGGUUGAGAAGGGACGGAACAAGUGUGUGCCUUACUGGCCAGACAGUGGGACCAGAAAAGAGUUUGGGCGAUACCUGGUGUCGUCCGUCUCAGAGAGAGAUGCCACCGACUACAAGAUCCGCGUUGUGGAGAUGGCGCCUCUGGACCAGUCGGAGCAGGCGCGGACCAUCUGGCAGUACCAGUACCUGAGCUGGCCCGAUCACGGCGUGCCCCAGGAGCCCGGUGGGGUGCUCAGCUUCCUCACGCAGGUCAACUCCAAACAGAUGGAGUACCCAAAAGCCGGGCCCAUGAUCGUCCACUGCAGUGCCGGCAUCGGUCGCACUGGCACCAUCAUAGUGAUUGACAUCCUGAUUGAUAUCAUAGACACUAAAGGGCUGGAUAGUGACAUUGACAUCCAGAAGUGUAUCCAGAUGGUGAGGGAGCAGCGAUCGGGGAUGGUCCAGACUGAGGCCCAGUAUAAGUUUAUCUACCUGGCCGUGAGCCACUACAUCGAGGCCACCAAGACCAAGCUGCAGGCCUGCCAGGAAACAGAGACGGAGUAUGGGAACCUGAGGCCCCAGCACCCCAAGGCCUGCCGGAAGGUCUCCAAGCAUAAAGAAGACGUUUAUGAGAACCUAGGGGCCAAGGGAAAGAAAGAUGUCAAGAAGCAGAAAUCAGAAGACAAGAAGAGUGGAUCCGUGAGAAAAAGAUAAAAAAAAAUAAUAAUAUAGAAAAUAAAACAAUAGGUUUGUACAGCAAUGUUGAAAUCAAUUAGACUGGAUACAGUGUUUGAAUUUCCAAAUUUAGAUUUAAAUCAUUUAAGUCAUUACAUGAGCACAUUGCCAAUAACCAAGUGUGGGGCUUAGGGUGAAAGCAAGCCCAGAUCUCAGGUCACUUGGGAGCAGAUCUAGGCUGGCGUACGUCACCACAUCUGGACUAGUCUUCAGUCUUCUGUUGGUGUGGAACACUGUGGUACAUUUCAUUGUGAAUUAACUUAUAGAUGUUUCAAUAUUUUGGUUUGCUUUGCACCUUUCAUGGUUGGCUACUUGUAAGGGAAUAUAAUUAGACAUGUUCUGGCUACACACCUGACCAGUGAAGACUCCUUUUGAUACUGAUUUAAAGCAGAACAAAUAAAGAAAUGUUUCAUGUA